CAGCCGCCGCCGCCGCCGCGUGUGCCUGAUGCCUCGGAGGGUAACCCCCCCUCCCUGGCCAUUGGCUUGCCCUGCGCCGGGCUCCCCCCCUCACUCUUUUGCUUGAUCAUGUCCAGCCCCCGAUGACUGUCCAUUGGCGUGGCGCAGUCCUUCCCUCCUCCCCUUCCCUCCAGUUUCGCCCUGCCCAUGUUUUCUAUGUCUGUGUCCAUCCAGUCGCUUGACGUUCAAGUUCGUAGGGACGUCACGUCCGCACUUGAACUUGCAGCUCAGGGGGGCUUUUUGCCAUUUUUUUCAUCUCUCUUUCUCUCUCUCUCUCUCUCCUUUCUCUCUCUCCUUUUUUUUCCUCCCUCUCUCCCUCUUGCACAGAAAGGAAAAAAAAGCAAAAGAAAAAAAAGCAAAGCCAUGACUGCUAUCCCACAAUUCAUCUUCCCCGCGCCAUCUUUGUAUUAUUUCUAAUUUAUUUUGGAUGUCAAAAGACAUUGAUGAAGAUAUUUUCUCUGGAGUCUCUUUCCUUGUUCACCCGGCGCUUCCCGAUGUGAUCCGAGCGAGAGAGCUCCGCGCGCGCCCGCCCGAGCCACCAACACCACGAUGUCUCGCCGCAAGCAAGGGAAACCCCAGCACUUAAGCAAACGGGAAUUUUCACCCGAACCUAUCGAAGCCAUUCUCACGGAUGACGAACCAGAUCAUGGUACGUUGGGAGUUCCAGAAGGGGACCACGACCUCCUUACAUGUGGCCAGUGUCAGAUGAACUUUCCUUUGGGGGACAUCCUUAUUUUUAUUGAGCACAAACGGAAGCAAUGCAAUGGCAGUCUUUGCCUAGAGAAGGCUGUGGAUAAGCCCCCUUCGCCCUCGCCGAGCGAGCUGCGAAAAGCAUCCAAUCCCGUGGAGGUUGGCGUCCAGGUCACACCCGAGGAUGACGAUUGUUUGUCAACGUCAUCUAGAGGAAUUUGCCCUAAACAGGAACAUAUAGCAGGUAAAGAUGAACCCAGCAGCUACACAUGUACAACAUGUAAACAGCCAUUCAACAGCGCCUGGUUUCUCUUGCAACACGCACAGAACACUCAUGGAUUAAGAAUCUACUUAGAAAGUGACCACGGAAGCCCCCUAACACCGCGGGUUGGUAUCCCAUCAGGACUAGGUGCUGAAUGCCCUUCACAGCCACCGCUCCACGGGAUCCACAUUGCAGACAAUAAUCCCUUUAACCUCCUUAGAAUACCCGGAUCGGUUGCAAGAGAAGCUUCGGGUCUCGGAGAAGGGCGCUUCCCUCCCACGCCGCCUUUGUUUAGUCCCCCUCCAAGGCAUCACUUGGAUCCACACCGCAUAGAACGCCUGGGUGCCGAAGAAAUGGCCCUUGCAACCCAUCACCCCAGUGCCUUUGACAGGGUGCUGCGACUCAACCCCAUGGCCAUGGAGCCCCCAGCAAUGGAUUUCUCCAGGCGGCUUCGGGAGUUAGCUGGAAACACCUCUAGUCCGCCAUUGUCACCGAACCGGCCCAGUCCUAUGCAAAGGUUACUGCAACCAUUCCAGCCAGGCAGCAAGCCACCCUUUCUGGCCACGCCGCCUCUCCCUCCUCUUCCCGCUCCUCCCCCUUCCCAGCCUCCCGUCAAAUCCAAGUCCUGUGAAUUUUGUGGGAAAACCUUCAAGUUUCAGAGCAACUUAGUUGUCCACCGCCGCAGCCACACUGGAGAAAAACCUUACAAGUGCAACCUUUGCGACCACGCGUGCACUCAAGCAAGCAAGCUAAAGCGCCACAUGAAAACCCAUAUGCACAAAUCCUCCCCAAUGACAGUGAAGUCUGACGAUGGCCUCUCCACGGCCAGCUCCCCAGAGCCUGGAACCAGUGACCUUGUUGGCAGUGCUAGCAGUGCCCUAAAAUCCGUAGUGGCCAAGUUUAAGAGUGAGAAUGAUUCCAAUAUGAUUCCAGAAAACGGGGAUGAAGAAGAAGAGGAGGAGGAGGAGGAAGAAGAAGAGGAAGAGGAAGAAGAAGAGGAGGAUUUGACUGAAAAUGAACGGCCAGACUAUGGGUUUGGCAUUAAUCUAGAAGCAGCUCGUCACCAUGAGAACAACUCCCGGUCUGUCGAUGAGAACCGCUCCAUCCCGGAUGUCAUGCAAGGGAUGGUUCUGAGCUCCAUGCAGCACUUCAGCGAGGCCUUCCAUCAGGUCCUUGGAGAGAAACAUAAACGAGGGCAUUUGUCCGAAUCUGAGGUACAUAGAGACACUUGCGACGAAGACUCGGUAGCUGGUGAAUCCGAUCGCCUCGACGAUGGCGCUAUUAAUGGUCGGGGGUGUUCCCCUGGUGAAGCUGCCUCUGGAGGUUUGUCAAAAAAGCUGCUCUUGGGUAGCCCGAGCUCCCUAAGCCCUUUCUCCAAACGCAUCAAACUUGAAAAGGAGUUUGACCUUCCCGCAACAGCUAUGCCUAACACUGAAAAUGUUUACUCCCAGUGGCUAGCUGGGUACGCUGCCUCUCGGCAGCUAAAAGAUCCAUUCCUCAACUUUGGAGACUCCCGACAAUCGCCGUUUGCUUCCUCCUCUGAACACUCCUCCGAAAACGGAAGUUUACGCUUCUCGACGCCUCCUGGGGAGAUGGAUGGAGGGAUAUCAGGCCGCAGCGGUACAGGAAGUGGAGGGAGCACCCCGCAUAUUAGUGGUCCAGGCCCUGGAAGGCCUAGUUCAAAAGAGGGCAGACGCAGCGACACUUGCUGGCGUAGCGCCCAGGGGACGCUUGAUGCAUGGCAGAUUCCGGACGGAAGCCCAAGGACGCUUAAAUUCUGAGAGAAUGUGAAACGCAGAAGGGGAUGUGCUCUGCGUCCACGUGGGGCUUGCUCUCGGGUUGUUUUUUUGUGGCGCCGUCCGGCUGAGCAGCUCCAGAAGUUGCCACGCAAAAGGCGGGAACCGACCGAGCCCCCUGCUACUACUGCCUGCCCGAAGACUCUUUAUUUAUAUAUUUUUAACAGAGUAUAAAAACCGCGUCAUUAAAAAACCACCCAACUUCCAUUAAGGGCUUCCCAUGUUUCCCCGCUACCUCCCCUCUCUUUUAUUUGACAAUCUUCCGUCUUCGAUCUGGAAAGCCACCUGAAAACAGGUUGAUGGAGCAGGAUUGGGGAACCUUUGGCCCUCCGGAUGUUGCUUGAACUACAAUUCCCAUAAUGCAUAGCAAGCGUGGUCAAUGGCUGGGGAAGAUGGGAGUUGCAGUUCAGCCACAUCUGGAAAGCCAAAGGCUCCUCACACCUGUGACAAGUGUGACCUAGCGCAGUCGACCACAAAAUAAAUCUUCUCAACACAUACCUGUUCUGGUAAUUUGCAGAACAUCCAGAAUGUGACAGGACCCUCCCACCUAAAAAAUAAAAUAAAGAGUGGGGGGGGGGAGUCCACAGUUUUUUUGUAAGGUGAAAUGUUGGCUCAAGAUCUUGGAGCACCGCUAUCAGGCAAGUAGAUGAUGGGGCUGUAUUUGGGCCUUCCUAGGUGGUGCCCUGGAGAUAUUGUUGAGCUCCAGCACUUAGCAACCCCAGCCAAGGAUGAUGGGAGCUAUAUUCCUCCACCACCGGAGCUCACCAGUAGUCUGGCUCAGUAUAAGGUGAUGGCCUUCAACUCUUUACUAACCAAGGUCCAAGAGGGAGAAGGGAUGUCUUUCCGAUCUGCAAGAGUCUUCAGAGGCCAAUAUUACCGCGAGGUUGCUAUUAUUAUUAUUAUUAUAAUAUUAUUAUUAUUAGCCCUAGCCACUCUGGGCGGCUUCUAACAAAUCAAAACACACACAAUUAAACACCCGCACAAUCACUGCUGGCAGCAACUGCCGUGGUAGGAGCAAACCCGAGUGUCAACCCUGUGCAUGAGAAGAGCCUGCAGGAUCAGGCCAGUGACCCAUUGUAGACUAACGUCCUUUUCUCACAGCGCCUGCAGGGAACCCGCCAAGCGGGACCUGAGCGCAAGAGUCCUCUUCUUCCCAAUCUGUGGCUUCCAGAAACUGGUAUUCAGAAACAUACCGGCUCCGGCCAUGGAUGCAGAGCAGAGCCAUCAUAGCUAGUGGUCCCUGAUAGACUCAUCUUCCAUGAAUUUAUCCGAUGCUCUUUUAAAGUCAUCAGAGUUGGCGGCUCUCACCGCCUUCCCCUGGGAGUGAGUUCCAUAGUUUAGCUAUGCCUUGGUACCUUGAAGGCACUGAGAGUUUCCCCUCACUGGCUGAGGGGGUCUUGGUUAUUUGGCCUGUCAAAUAUCGUGACUCAGCUGUAAGUUAAGAGAGGCAGAGGCAAUGUCAGGUCCUGCUCCUGCUGGUCUGCCUCCUACGCUGGGCCAACUUCACAUUUUAUAUUGGAUUGUUGGAAUAUUUUGUAAGAUUGCAAUCCACCUUGGGUGCCUUGGCAGGAAAGGUGAUAUAUGUAUGUAUAUAUAGAAAUGCAAUAAAGUAUUUGAACAUGAUCAAGUACUAUAAAAUGUCCCAUAAAAAUACUAGGGAAGAGCAUUGCAUGUUUUGCAUGCAAAAGGUGCUCGGUUUAGUCCCCAUCAUCUCCAGGUCUGAAAAUCUUGGAGAGCAGCUGCCAGUCAGUGUAGACAAUAUUGAGCCAGGUGGACCAGUGGUCUGACUUGCUAUACGCUUCAUGUGCCCAGAGCACCCUUUAGGGUCAGACUCACCAUUUAGGCAAAACGAGGCAGGCAGGGGACUGAUUUUUGGAUUUCAUGAGCUGGCAGCAGAUGUUUAGUUAUUUGAUUUAUCUGUGCUUCAUGUUUGUGUCGGAGAGAUGCUUACAGGAUUAAUAAUAAUAAAAAAAAUUAUUUAUAUCCCGCCCUCCCCAGCCGAAGCCGGGCUCAGGGCGGC